AUGGCGCAGGCGUUCGGAGGCACAGGCGGAGAGAAACUGCGGCAAUCGGAGGAGCGGCUGGAACGUGCCGAGGCUGAGCUGGAGACCCUGGCACAGCGCAAUGCCAUCCUGCAGAGCCAGCUGCAGGAGUCUGCCCAGCGGUUGGCCCGGGAAGAGGCACGUCGAGUGGCCAGCCUCCAGGAGCAGGCGCAGCUACACGACCUGUCCACCUGGGAGACGCGCGUCCGGGAACUCGAGCAGACACUCGCCACACGCGAGAUGGCCACCAGGGAGCAGGAGCGCAUGCACAAGUCCAACAUCCGUCUGCUGACGCGCAAGCUCCGCGAGAAGAUGAAGGAGCUCAAGCUGGCCCAGGUGCAGCUGGCCAAUGCGGCCAAUGCCGAGUCACAACAACAGGACGACCAGUUGCAGCGGCAGGGCCAGAAACCGGUCAACCAGGAAGUCCAGACCCUGGAACAACCGCAGAAAGCAAGUGCCGAAGCUCAGACCGAUGCGGCGGCGAAGAUUCAGGAGGAGCAGACGGAGCUCGCUGAAAAGAACCAAGAACUGCUGCUGCAGCUUGAAAGGGAACAGGGACGGCUCGCCGGUUCCUUGAAGGCACAGGAGGAGCUGCGUGCCUGCGUGGAGCAGCUGGAGCGCCAGCUGUCGGAGCAGGGUGGCCGCAUGGCCGAGCUCCAGUGCCAGCUAGAGCAGGUGCAGGGGCGUGCCGACCAAGCGCAGGCGCUUCACCAGACCUCGGUGGCCGACCUCCAGCGGGAGCUGGAGAAAGAGCGCACGCUCAGCAAGGAGCUGCGGCAGAGGAUCUUUGAGGAGAAGCGGCGUGGGGGCCAGCUGCAGCGUCAGCUGUCGAGCCUGAAGCAGGGUCUGUCGGAGGCGAGCCAGUCAGCAGACGCAGGCCGCCUGAAGGCCCAGGCACAGGCCGAGCGGGCGCAGAGUCUCGAGACGCAGCUGCGGGAGGCACAGGGACGGCUGGAAGCCCUCCGGGGGGACCUCGCUGCGUCUCAGGCAGCCAGGCAGGAGCUGGAGGCUAAGCUGCGCAAUGCCCACGAGAGGGACCCCGCCCUUGAGCAGCAGAUGAAGUUGCUGAGCUGGAACGUGAAGGAGAAGACCCAGGAAGUGGCGGCACUCCAGGAGCGUGUGCGGUUGGCCGAGACUGCCCACCAGGCUGAAGUGUCGGCCCUACGUAGGCAGCUUGAGGAGGCCCAGCAGCAACACUCCAACCUGUCAGCCGAGCUGAUGUCGGUGCGCAAGGAGAAGUUCACCUUCCAGGCCAGGCUGCAGGAGCUCAAGAAUGUGCUGCGCUCACGCAUGGAGCAGUGCAAGGAGCUUCAGAGGCAGCUGACGGAACUGGCGGAGACCACCGAGUUUGCCCUGCCCAAUGUCGCUCCAGACUAUGACGAUUCAUACAUCACAGAAUUGCUCCAGCAGUGUUCUUCACAGCCAACCAGCAGGCCACUGGGGAGCCUUCAAGUGUGCCUUGACUCACUCAAGCAGGACUUGAACACUCUUCACAGCCAGAUCCGGCAGAAUGUGGAGCUUCCUAAGAAAGAACUCGUGACCUGAAAAUUGCUGCAAUCGCCUGGAGCGCACAUCAUGGUCUUCCAUUGCAGUGACUGAUGCCAAAGAACGAACGCCUUUCAAGGAGGAGGAGUGUGAUUGAAGAACCAGGGAUUUAAAACUUUCUAGUGUGUCGUGGCCAUAUAAUCGUUCUGGUGUUGGGUGUCUUUUCAGUAAGCUGCCUCCUUUAUGUAGUACAUCUUUUUGGUUUGUCUUGUGUGCAUUUAUGUGUGUCCCCAUUGUUUUGUUACAUAAUAUACUCUCAAAGUAGUGCUAAUAUCCUUUUAAGUUUAUCACUUUUCGAGGGCGGUAAAUAGAAAUAGAACACUGGGUGUGAAGGGUAAACCAGGCUUUUAGUGAGAAGGCAGUGUUGUUUGUCUGGUGUGUGGAGGGAUGGUGGCAGACUGCGCUGGAGAAUGAUAGAUUUAAGUGAGUGAAUGUGUUGCGUGUUUGUGUGGACCUGGGGCCAUUUUCUGAGUCAUUCAAUUUUUAAUGAUGUCUAUACUAUCAUUUUUUACAGAGUUCUUUGACCGGUGCAGCGAAUACUCAGUGAAGAGUAUUCAGUGGAUUUUUCUUGAUAUAUCAUAUCAUGUGCAAUAUGCCGAGUAUAUUCGCUAGCAUUUUGAUUGGCCAUCGGUUACAUUUUCCAGAACGUUGUUGUGGUCCUUUUAAAAACGGCCAAUAAGAAGCAGCGAUUAGUGGAGGCAAGUUUAUUAUUGGCUGGGUGAAUAGGUGUACAUUCGCGGUACACAAAAAACGGUCGAUUGCCUGACCACUCAAAUAUAAGUCAAUUCUAUUUGUUAACUGUUUUAUUAAGUCUAUUAACACGUUCUGUUCAUCAAGUGACAACUGCAUUGACAGAUGUAUUGGCAUCUUUAUUUAUAACUGGUUUAGAGGAGGAGUGCACCUGUAAAAAACUGUUUCAUCAGGGCCAGUUUUAGGGGACAGUCGACCCACCUUGGAUUGUGAAUGCUGACAUUUCAGCAGGUUUCCUCUCUCGAAGCUGUUAGGCACGUUAUUUACUCUUUUCACUUUAUUGUUAUUUUUUUUUAUUCUUCCGUUUCAUUCUACACAUUCUGAUUGAAGUCUUGUAAAUCUGAUGCUUCGUGCGUUGAACUUGAAUGAAGUGAUAAUUGUGUGCUCGUGAGUUAAAAACUAUGAACCAGUGCUGCAAAUUUAGGCAAGUGCUGUCUCAUGCUGUGCUGGUAAUGUGUGGUUCCAGCCUGCAGUGUUUGUGCCUCUCGCACACGUGCGGCAACUUGCAUUUUUGUUCUAACAAAUUUGAAGAAAGGGUUUGCACUUACUGCUCCUUUGUUUUUAACCAUAAAACGUAGGUGAUUUUCACUUGCCCAGUUCAUCUAGAGAAAAGAAACAAAUAUGAAAACUGUCAUUAUGUGUGCAUUGCGCCAUCAGAACAGCGAGUUGCUGUAAACGUGAACUGCUUUUGCUGCCUCAGCAACUCAAAUUCUGGGCAACCCAGGCAAAUGAGAAGAUGCCAAGCGUUUGGUUGAAUGACACAAACCCCAAAAAAAGAAAAUAUAGUCUUGUCACAAAAUUUUACGUAGAACAGACAGUCGGCAAGCACAAGAUCAUCUUUUAGUGUUCAUGGUUGAUAGCAGCAAAAGGCAUGAAGAUGAAGAAAGCUUUAAAGUUGUUAGAAUAAGAAUGCAAGUCACUGUAUGUGUAAGCAACAUGCUGUAAUAGUUGAUUGAGAACAGGUGUCAGGGGAGCUUUUGUGCCUGGCUCAUGUGAUGUGUUUUUCCAUCUUCAGCCAUAGUUUAGACAAGCCUAAAAAAUGCCUUUGCUCAGCACAGUUCAUUGAUAAAUCUGUAAUUGUUUAGCAAUUUUCAGUGCUCUAUCACUGAAACUGUAUCAUCUCUCAGUGAUUAUAACCGGAGGUGAUGUUGAGGUGCAAAUGUCAAGACUGGAAGUGCUGGCCACUCAGGGUUGCCUCGAUAUAUUUCCAAUGUAGGACGGGAACCGCUGAAAAUGCUCUUACAGUUGAACCCUGCUGUAACGAAUACAAAUACAGUUAAACCUCGAUAUAAUGAACUUUAGUAUAACGAAAUUCUUUAUAUAAAGAAGUAUUUAACUUUUUAUAAGUUCUUGUCCAUAGAACACCAUGUAUCUAGAACCUCAAUAUAACGAAAUGUGUUUAUACACAAUUUUAAUAUAAUAAAAAUUUAACUGCCACCGUGAAAGAGUACCGAGACAAUAAAUGCAAACCUCCUCUGUCGUAGUUGGUCAAAUAGUUGUAUUACAAGCAGCUGCUUGCGAACACACCCAUGAAAUCCCGCACGGCACGACCAAGAGUGACCGCCCAAGUGGAGCAGCAUUGAGUUUUGUAUAAAGCCCAAGUGCAAUGAGAUCCUAUCGCACCACGUGCCCUGUAUACUUUGGGUGUGAUUGAAAUCGUGUGAAGAGGAGCCGAGAAGGGUUGGUGGCUUGAUUAGCGCCGUAUUCCCAUGCAAGCAUGGGAAAAGGGGGAAGGUAGCUCGCUCGCGGUGAUGCGAUCAAGCGUGCGUGAGGGGGGGAAGGCAGCAAGUGGGGGCUAAGUUUGCACACGUCUCAUUUUCUAGCACGACUGUGGUUGCGCAUGGCUCACAGCGCAGCUAAGUGCAUAGUUAGCCCUUGCGUCCUGUUUAUAGGUAAUCUGCCACAUGUGCAAAGAGUGGGCACACCGAGAUGGCGUGGCAUCAUGUGCGCUGUCUUCCCACGCGUUUAGCACUGGAGGUUGCGUAAGGUCGAGUUUCGGAGACUCAUUUUAAGCGAGAGGCAGACAAAGGAUUCGCUCCCCACUGCUGGCAUUUUAGAGGGCAGCUCUUAGGCGCCCGUUCCUGCGGCGAGCAUCGGCGUCGGCAUUGUCCCUUGGCGUAACUGAGCGAACGAAUACAGCGAAGAAUGAAAGCGAACGUGGAGCGCAGCAGGAUAUGAAAGACAUAUGAAAGCAGGAUAUGAAAGCGAUAGCAAAGAGAGCACAAGGAGGAAAGUGGAGAAAGUGGAGGAGGAGGGUAUGGCGAAAGCGUGAGAAGAAAAGCAUAGUGCGACGCAAAACGGGCUUUGCAGCGAUGAUGGCUACAAGGUGGCGCCAGAGUAAUGCAUGUUGUCUGUACGGAAACAAAGAAGCUUCGUGAGCAGCUGCUGUGAAUCAUGCCCACGCGUCACCCACGCGCUGCCUGUCGUGAUCUCCUGAUUAGCGAGGCAGUCACGGUACACAUUUCUCUGUUUGCAACAUGCCGCACAAGACAUUGUCUGCGCCAGCCAAUAUAUUGCGAAAUAAAAACACUCAUAGAGUUGCGCUCAAAUUUCGCAUUAGGGAGUAUUAAAAUUUUCGGUGAAUUUUUUUAUGAUAGUGUCGAUCCACUGUGGGUGACAAUAUCAGCCGCGGAGGCAGACGCAAAGCGCGGCAAGCUUCACUUUGUACUGUCAUUGUGAAGAUAUUGUCGACACCGCAUGAAAACCGUAUCUUUCAUUGCCAACUCUCAAAUUCAUCAAAAUAAGUAUUUUUUUUCUUUCAGGUUUGCCUUUUCCGAUUGCCCAAUAAUUCGCAAAAUCUUCCAGCCCUUUCCGUACAAGAAAAAUCCAUCGAUGACUGUACUUAGUUGCAUAAAAGUGAAAUUUCAAUAUAGCAAAAUUUCGAUAUGACGAAGCAAAUUAGCAAUUUUACUGGCUUCGGUGUAUCGAGGUUUAACUGUAUAGCGACAUAAAUAUAAAAUUUGGUUGGCCAUGCUUUAAUUUAGUGAGCAUUGUGCUGCUAUAACAAAUGAGAAAAUACUUGAUCUGAAGCAAUUUUGCUCACAGCAAAGCAAAUAUUGUUCACUCGCAAGUCAAAUACGUAUUCUGGUAGCAAAAAUGUCAAGUACUCGAACUUGGCAAGAGCAACUUGAAACAACACUGUCUUGACAUGCACGUGCAUUUUUUUGCCAGCGGUUUGGAUUGACUUGUGCACAGCCAAGAAGCCAAUGUGCCAUUUAUGUGUGAUCACAUUGAUUGCACAUGGUUGCACAUUAAAGACAGUGCAAAUUGGGUUUAUAAUUUAUUGUUGCCCGCAUGCCACAUAUUGGCCCAGAAAGCCACUGAUGGGCUAUCAAAAUCAACACGUGACCCUUUGCCUGCCCAUCGGAGAGAUCAUGUUUGCGUUUCUUUCGUAUAGAGCUGACUGCGAGAAUAAUAUUAAAUUUUUUUUUCUUUUUAGCUGAUAUCAGCAUUCAUGGCUAUAAUGAAGGUACUUUCAUAUCGGAUGUGACUUAGUUAUAGCAAGACUUGACUGUAAAUGGGAAACCACACAGUGAUAUUAUGAACAGUAUUGCUGCAGUUGAGGGAAGUGUGCAAUCUUACUUUGUUAGUGAAGCGUCGGAUGAAGCCUGGAUUAUACAUUUAAAUGAUACCAUAAAUUUGAUGCAGAGAAAGAAAAAGCUCUACAUGGGGCUUCUGUAAAGGCACAUUUGUGAAUGUCUUUACUGCUUAAAAAAUGCCUUUGUGUACGUUAUAUUUGCAAACAGUGUUUUAACUUACUGUGAAAAGAGAGUAAAGAAGUUAUCUGUGGCAUUGUGAGUAAUAUUUAUUGCUAUUGUGAAGCAGGUUUAUUAGAUGCAGAGUCGACUAUGAAGGUAGUAUAUGCAAUCUUCAUUGUAGUAUCGGUGCAAUGCAAACAUGAAUUUUUUUGUGUUGUGUCUACGCUAACCCUCUCCUUUCAAUGUUUUUAACCUUUGCUGCAAGGAGUGUUUGGUCAGAUCUAUUUUCUCUGGUCAGUUUUAUAAAUGUGUGUAUAUAUCUGCAUCUGUUUUUACUUUUUCUUUUUGAGGUGAAAUAAGUUGUCAAAAUUCCUAUGCUUACUGCACUCCCAUAUGCUGAGAGGUUGUCUUCCUCUUGGUGUGUCGAGCUUGGAAUGGAAUCUUUAGCGUAAGUGACUGUAUAAGAACUUUGUGAAGCUUGUGCUGGCAAAUCUGCCUGUGAUCUCAUAAGCAGCUCUACACUUCAAAAAUCUGAGUGUGCCAAAUAAUGAGUCAAGUAAAAACGAAGUGCCUUUGUUGAAUCGUGUUGAAGCUGCACCAAGGCUCUCUGGUGGCAACCACUAUUGGUGUUGUGAUGCAGUCUUUACUGUCUGCAACUGCAUAAUGCUGAAACUACUGGCAGGUGUGGAUUGUACAAAAGAAAGAAUGCUGUAGUGUAGAUUAGAGAUGUAGUGCACACUGGAAGGAAAAAAGAAACACUAUCAGGCACUUGCACUUAGUGGUCUUAAAGGGACAUUAAAGGCAAACGUGAAUUUAGAAGGCCCCCUCACCACAUUUGGGCACUCCAAACAAACUUAGAUCACGCAUUAGCAAUUGUGUCGGCAAAAUCUUGCAGUAAUCUGUUUCACUAAAAUAGCUGAAAACGUUAAUGAUAACCUGUGUGGCCUCAUUGCUCGACAAAACGUUUAGUAUCGUUUACUUGUUUGGUUCAUUAAGCUGGAAAAAAAAAGGGAAAAAAUCUGCACAAUCAUAUACGCAUUACGCCAUAAAAGAAGUGGGUUGCCACAAAGCAUGGAUUGGUUUCACCGUGCAAACAGCAAGAUGAGAAAAUUUUAAAUGACAGCCCCUGCAGCCUCAUUCACAAAGUAGUCAGUCUUCUUGCUAGCGGAGCCUCACCUAUUCGUGGCUUUUGGCUGCAUGCUCAAAAAUAGCCAGUAGCAACAUGAGCAACGUGAGGGUGCCCGUGAGCUCCCUACCGGUGGCACAAAACUACCACACCAGAAGUGCACCACGGAAAGAGAGGCAGGGCUCCCUUGGCUUCCAUCUGAAAUAUGGAAGCCAAUAUGAUUCCAACCGAAAUAUUCAACGUGGUUUGAUGAGGGGCCCUUCAAGUAAUAGGCCAGUGUCAUAUCUCUCUGCAUAAAACAAACCUUGUGAAGUUUCUAAAAAGAGCACCGCGGCAUUUUAGAUUGAUUCACCAUUUGCCUUUGGUGUCCCCGAAAUGUUGUAGUGCACAUGUCACAUAGGCGGCACCGUUGUGGUAGAACAUUGUGUCCUGCUCUUCCUUGCUGUCUCUUAGUUUGUCAAUUUGUAAUGCAGAUAGUGUUGCUGUUGACAGCUGGAGUGUUCAUUGACAGCUGAAGGCUUUGUUCAUUUGUCUGUCGAUCUUUAGUCAGAAUGACCAGUGAUUCUUGAACAGUUUACUUACUGUGAGAUAUCUAGAGAUCAUAGAAAGUUCUACAUGUACUAUAGUUAAGUCUAGUAUACUGGUACCAAAAGUAAAUUUAGGUCAGUUAUUAGUCUCGUGUGCAUUGACCUGCGAUCUCUGGGAGUUAAGGCAUGCAACAAUCAUACUUGAAUACAUUGGCCUUGCAGUUGCAUGUGGGCCUUAAGCUUCCCAAUCCCUACCACGUCGCAUGCCAACACAGUUGGAUCACCUUGCAGUUGGUGGAGCACUUACAUUUGAUUGAAAUUUUCCAGUUUGCUUUAACUCAGUGGCAGAUAGCAGUAGUGAGGAAGAGUGUUAUGUGCCACACACACGCACAACAGUAAUGUAUCAUUUAGGUACACGAAUUGUCUUAAAUGAGCCCUGCAGCACUUUUUAAACCUGGACAAUAGUCGUGAACACCUGAGAAAUAGGUUAUGCCUGCACAUGGGGCCGGGAACCCACAACCUCGCUCAAAUGGGCUGCCUGCCCUUUCCUUCAAAUUUUUGAAGCCCUCGCCACCUUUCUUACUCAUACCCAACAGCAAACAUUGCUACUGGGUGAAUGUUUUUAGACAUCAAAACUAAGCAAUGCCCUUGGCAGAAGCAAAAGCAAAGAAAUAUCGUCGCUGAUAGUGCAGUGGUGCCAUCUGGUUGCAAAGAAAUGACACCAUUGUGACGAAUAGUGGAUAUUACGAAUAAUUGAAAACAAUGCUACAACAAAUCUCGCAUGCAACGAAGGUAUUUUCGUGUGUUAUGCUACUUCGUUGAAAGGAGGUUCGACUAUACUACAGCCUCUGAGAUGGGUAGGACAGCAGAGGGCCACACUAUGUGAUCUUGUGGUCACACUGAUACUAAAGCUCAGCACAAUGAAGGGCAGAGCAUGGUGGACAUUGUUCCGUUUGAGCAUGGCACACAGAUUUUCUGUAUUUGGCAUACUUUGUAAAUUGGCCUAUAUUUAUUGCAUUGUUUCUCUCACUCGUUGAAUGUAACUAUUACUGCUCCUGCUAGGGCAUUCAGUAGGGCCUGCAGUACUUUAUAAAUAAAUAAAUAAAUACGUAGAAGCAAAAAAAAUGGAAAAAGUCAUGAGGGCACAGCAGCGACAGAACUUUAAUAGCUUCAUUAAUACAAGGCACAUUCGAAACCAUGUUGUUUGAAAACAUUCACAUAGAUAUUAAUAGCAGGCACAUUCCACAGCUUUCACAAAAGAUGUUGCAGGGCCUCUUUAUAUCUGCAGUACAUUUAAAAUAUGUAGGUAAUGUCAGUUCUCCAGUAGUCUGUAGACAUCAGCAAGCUCAAUGGAGUAUUUAUCCCACUUUUUCACAUGAAGGUGACUGUUAACUGUUAAACUGGCAGCAUGCUUGAUUUCACUUUUGCCAACUGCUGUCUAAAAGACAAGAGCUAAGUAUGUGCUUAAUAAGGCUUCUGAAAAUUGUGGUUGUCAUGUGCUUGAUCUUCAUUUGUGUUCACUUACUCGGCAGACUGGCCAAGUUUCAUUGAAGUCCGUGUGAUUUUUGCUGCUUCAGGAAUGAUGUGUGCUGUAGGUGCUCUGCGCUUAUUGCAGACUCUGUCAACCAAUAACCUACUAAUUGGAGCUUACAUUAGUGUUCCUUUGAUGUGCCGUGCUCACAGAAUGAAAUGCGUCAACCUUCUUUCAAUCAGUAUGACCUUGCUAUGGUAAUGUGACUCUGGCAUUUACCGGAAAAGGUUACAAAAGGUUGCAGACAUGGAACCGCAAUGCCUCUGUUUUUCAGUGGUAGCUGUUGUGCUGCUUGGCUUUUGCUGUGCCCUAUGUUUAUAUUUUGUUGCUAUAGCAACAAGCCUGCGGCAACGCUCUGUGUGUCUUUGAAACGAGGUAAGGAAACAACUUCUGCUGUUAUUGGUGGGACCAAAGUUGUGCUUCGGAGGUUCUUUUCAGCAACUUGUUUUUCAAACUGGUUUUGAUCAGUUUAUGUAUGCGAGUGUGCCCUUCUAGCUCACUGUAUUAUAGUUGCACUCUUAAAACAAGAUAUGUGUAUGUUCGCUUUCAUUUAAUUUGCCUUUGGGUCCCAUCGUUACCUUGGAGCCAUACUUGGGGUUACUUUUACUAUGACGAUAUACUGCUCACAAUAUUGAAUGUGGAACCCAUUUUUACAAUAACAGCAUUGGGCUAAAACAAGCACUCUUGUAUUAGAAUUCUUUGUCGCCAUUAUUAGGUGCUUUAAGGCUGUUUCAUGUGUUGAAGAAAGAACUAGAAAACAACCAUAUCGAUACCUGAAGUAACUAUAAAGGUUGUGUAGGGUAACUAGUGUUAUGGCAUGGCCUUCAAACAGGCAUAUGGACAAAUCAACAGCUGAAGGAACCCCUAACAGCUAGUACGGUAGUACUGCAUGCUGUAAAAGCAAUGUGGUUGUGGGCAUACCCAAGAGCGCUUUCACCAAUGACAUGAUCAUGCUGCUGAACUUUCUUUGAAUGGCAGUAGAAGAUUGAAUUUGCUUUUCUUUGUAUGCUUUUAGCGCUGUCUAUCUUGCUUUGCUCCUGUAAUUUCAUUAGCAAGCCCAUUAUCUUUGCCUAGAAUCUUGGCUGUAUUGGGGUGCGAACCUGUGUAAUAACCACGUUCAUUUGUUUUCGUCAUAAUAACAUUUCAUGCUUUCACAACCACAUCAUUCACUUUCAAACUUACUGAAGGGCUGUAUUUAACUCAUCCAAGUAGACACAGGUAUGCAGUUGCACAGAUUUGAUAGAAAAGCGAUAUAACCGAUGUGUACUUUUGGAAUUUCAGUUACAUACAUUUAUAUUCAAUGCAUGUUGAUGAAUGCAAGCAUUGUUUGCUAUGGGACAACACUGCAGCCUUGCGGGAAUGUCGUGGCUUUUUGGAACGGGGUGUGUAUGGGCCGGUGCUAUGGUGAUACUGGUAUUGCUCGCGCUUUGAUACCCGUGCAUUGUUUAUGGAAUCUCUGUCGAAAGCUGUUCUUGAUACCCGCGUGCAACACAGUGCCUCUGCAUUUCCUGCACAUGUCAAUGACAGUGCAACAUUUCAUUCUUGCUAGUUAUGUCAGAAUUGUCCUUUUUUAAAUGAAAUUUUGGAAUGUGAACAUCUGGGUUAAAGCUGAUGCCAUUUGUGUUGUUGAAGAGUUGCACAGUGGCAAACAGCCUUGCUUCGGGUGAUUGCUUGUGAAACGUUGGAAAGGCCGGCACGUAGUGCUUUCGAUUAAUGUUGUUAGUGGCUGUGUAACUACUGCUAUCCUUCGCUAUGUGGGAAUCCUUGGGCCUCUCCUGUGGGCUCGCUUUUGCAUUGGUGACACGUUGCAGUGACUGCGCAAGUGUUGUAUCUGUGCAAUGUGGGACGUAUAAAAGCAAGCACAAAUGUGUUAUUCUCUC